GAAACAGUGCAAAUCAGAAGAUGCUACUUGCAAGAUCUCUGAAUCUGACCCUGAGGAAUUAUCAGAUGAAGCAAGUGCUGACACUUUCUAUGGGACUUCUCCUCCUAGUACACCCCGCCAGAUGAAGCGUAUGUCAACAAAGCAUCAGAAAAAUAACGUUGGGAGACCUGCUAGCCGCUCCACUUUGAAAGAAAAGAUGAGUGUGCCAACUCAGUCUGUGCAUAAAGACAAUGGAAAAACCAUUGAGAAUGUGGAGGAGCACAGUUACAAGCAAGGGAAAAAGAUCCGAGACACCCUAAGGACAACAGAACGAGAUCACAAGAAAAAUGUGCAGUGCUCAUUUAUGUUAGACUCAGUUGGUGGGUCUCUGCCAAAAAAAAUUGUUGAUCUCAAUAAGCCUUACCUCAGCCUUGGCUGUAGCAAUGCUAAGCUUCCAGUCUCUGUGCCCAUGCCAAUACCCAGAACUGCACGCCAGACUUCUAGGACUGAUUGCCCAGCAGACCGCUUAAAAUUCUUUGAAACCCUGCGGCUUUUGUUAAAACUUACCUCAGUCUCAAAGAAAAAGGACAGGGAGCAAAGAGGACAGGAAAACACUUCCUCUGUCUGGCUGAACCGAUCCAAUGAACUGAUCUGGCUGGAGCUGCAAGCUUGGCAUGCUGGCCGGAGCAUUAAUGACCAAGACCUCUAUCUCUAUGCAGCCCGUCAAGCUAUCCCUGAUAUCAUCAAUGAAAUUCUCACCUUCAAAGUGAACUAUGGAGGCUUCUCUUGUGUAAAAAAUGGAGCCAGUCUCAAUGGUACUUCAGGAGAAGGAGUUUGCAAAGCAACGCAUGGAACUAGUGCUUUCGGUUACUCAAGUUACCAUGACCACCUCCAUCGCCAGCGGGUCUCAUUUGAGCAAGUAAAGCGGAUAAUGGAGCUGCUAGAGUAUAUAGAAGCACUUUAUCCAUCUCUGCAGGCUCUUCAAAAGGAUUAUGAAAAGUAUGCUGCAAAGGACUUCCAAGACAGAGUGCAGGCACUCUGUCUAUGGUUAAAUAUUACGAAAGACUUAAAUCAAAAACUAAGGAUUAUGGGAACCGUAUUGGGCAUCAAAAAUCUUUCUGACAUUGGCUGGCCAGUGUUUGAAAUUCCUUCUCCUCGACCAUCUAAGGACAAUGAUGGAGGGGAUGAAGAAAUUGAUAGGGAAACAGAAGUAAAGGAAUCCUCAGGAACAUGCACAGAGGAGAGUGAUGGGGAAGAACAAAUCUCUGAGGAGAAUGUUGAAGAACUUAGACAAGCCAUCAAGAACAAUUUUAGUAACAAGCCAAAUUUUGACUUUCAGGACCAUUUUUCAAGGAGGCUUGAUAGGCUUGAAUCUGGGGAUGACUCUGCUUCUUGGGUGAUUCCAGAAUGCAGUGCUGAGGCAAGCUGCAGCCAACACUCUUUGACCUCUAUUUACAGGCCUUUUGUAGAUAAAGCACUGAAGCAGAUGGGGUUGAGGAAGCUGAUUUUAAGACUGCACAAGCUAAUGCACGGUUCAUUGCAAAGGGCCCGUAUGGCGUUGGUAAGGAGUGAUCACCAGCUGGAGUUUUCAGAAUUUCCAGAACCCAUGUUGUGUUCAGAUUAUGUGCAGUUAUUAAAUUCCCCACCUUGUUGUGAGCAAAAAUGCAGCACUGUAUCAUGGGAGGAGCUGAAAUCCAUGGAUUUACCAUCUUUUGAACCUGCGUUCUUGGUCCUCUGCCGAGUCCUGCUCAAUGUUAUCCAUGAAUGUCUCAAGCUAAGGUUGGAACAAAGACCUGCUGGGGAGCCGUCUCUUUUGAGUAUUAAACAGCUAGUGAGAGAAUGUAAAGAAGUUCUGAAGGGUGGCCUGCUAAUGAAGCAAUAUUACCAGUUUAUGUUACGGGAGGUGUUAGAGGACUUACAAAAGAUUGAUUGCAACAUUGAUUCUUUUGAAGAGGACCUGCAUAAAAUGUUAAUG